AGCAAAACAAGAAUUAAUGUAAAAAUGGUCAUUGUCUUGUCACUUGCGCCAUUCAUGGACGCUACCCUUUUGUGGACUAAGUUAAAAGGGUUGAACAGAUAUAUACUAGAAUGUACCUUGGCAUUCAGAUUUAAUCAUCUAUCCUGGAAACUGGCAAGAAAGUCUUUGUGCACAGUAUCCUCAUCUCCAGUACAUGCUCCAUGGCAGCUUUUCACGACCAAGCUAUGCUCUCUGCUCUGUUCAAUUCCCUGCAGGUUCAGAUGCUCAACUUCGCACGACGAGAGCAAACUUGUUCUCCAUUCGAGAAGUGGGUUAAGCCCAUGAACGACAUCGAUACCGCAAUUGCUGAUGCGGAGGAAAAGCAAAAGACAUUGCUUCCAGUUGAGCACUGGCUCACCGAUUUAAGAGACCUUGCAUACGAUGCUGAGGCUUGUAUUGAUGAAUUUGCCACUGAGGCCUUGGGCAACAAAAUAAUGGCGGAGUCCGACUCAUCAGCGGGUAUUUCUAAGGUGCUUCUGAACUUUAUCUUGACUUGCUUUAGUGGUUUCAAUGCAAAUACUGAUUCUGAUUUCAGACGCAAAAUUGAGUCUAAGAUAGAAGAAAUUACUGUAAGAUUGCAAGGCUUGGUUGAGAAGAAGAAGGAUUUGAAGUUAGGGCCGAACUGUGGAAGAAGGCGUGAGAGGGUGGUACAGCAGAGGUUGCCCACCACUUCUCUUGUUAAUGAAUCUCAUAUUUAUGGUAGGGAAAAGGAUAAAGAAGCUGUUAUUCAGCUUUUGAAGAGUACUGGUGAAGUGGGUAUUGGUAUUGGUGUGGUUCCAAUUGUGGGCAUGGGAGGACUAGGCAAAACCACUCUUGCUCAACUAGUUUACAAUGACGCAAGAGUUGGAAGUUGGUUUCAAGUGAGAGUUUGGGUUAAUGUUUUGGCAGAAUUUGAUAUGGUUAAGGUGACAAAGACAGUUCUGCAGGCUAUUACUCAAGAGAACUGUAAUUGGAAGGAUUUAAAUUUACUCCAGGUGAGCCUCAAGGAGAAGCUGUCUGGGAAGAAGUUCUUGAUUGUUUUAGACGAAGUUUGGAAUGAGAACAAUGAGCAAUGGGAUAUUCUAUGUGGACCCUUCCAAGCAGGGGCAAUUGGAAGUAAAAUACUUGUGACAACUCGAAGUGAAGGUGUUGCGUCCAUAAUGACUACUUGUGGGUCAUACCAGUUGCAGCUAUUGUCGAAUGAUGGUAGUUUCUCUUUGUUCACCUGGCAUGCUCUUGGAUUAAGAGGCUUUGAUGGCUACCCUAAUCUAAAAGUAAUUGCUGAAGAAAUAGUGAGGAAGUGCAAUGGUUUGCCGUUAACUGCUAAGACCCUGGGAGGACUCCUGCGCAACAAAUUAAAUCAAGAUGAAUGGGAAACCAUUAUGAAUAGCAGGAUUUGGGAUUUACCAGAAGAAGUAAGCGGCAUUGCUCCAACUCUAAGGUUGAGCUACCAACACCUUCCUUCCCAUUUGAAACGAUGCUUUGCUUAUUGUUCUAUAUUUCCUAAGAACUAUAAAUUUAACAAGGAUGAGUUGAUUCAACUGUGGAUGGCAGAAGGUUUUUUGCAACAUCUGGAAGGAGCAAAGCGAAUGGAAGACCUAGGUCUUGAAUAUUUUAAUGAAUUGCUAUCAAGAUCAUUUUUCCAACAGGUAAGUGCUAAUGAAACACAAUUUGUGAUGCAUGAUCUUAUAAAUGAUCUAGCUCAGUCUGUUUCCGGGGACUUAUGCUUUAACAUUGAGGAUAGGUUUCAGGAUGGGAAAUUCUGUGGAAGCAUACAAAAGAUGCGCCAUUUCUCAUUCACUUGUCACCAUUGUGAUGUUUCAAAAAGAUUUAGUGGCUUAUGUCGACAGGAAAAAUUAAGGACUUUCAUAGCACUGCCAAUGCCUAGGGUAACCUGUUGCUACGUAAGUGACCCUGUCAUGCAGGACUUGCUAACAAGUCUAAGGCACUUAAGAGUACUAAGAUUGUGUGGUUAUUGCAUUGAUAAGCUACCAGAGUCAGUUGGUCAUUUGAAACAUUUACGGUAUCUUAAUUUAUCUCACAGUAGAAUUAAUUGUCUACCUGAAUCAGUGGGUUUUCUCUUCAACUUACAAACAUUAAUACUGCAAGGGUGCAAGGAACUCACUAAGUUGCCACAGGGCAUUGUGAAUCUAAUUAACCUUCAUGUUCUUGAUCUUUCCGGUUCUGAGAAUUUACAAGAGAUGCCACAGUGGAUGGGUCAUUUGCAAAAUCUUCAUAUUUGUGGCAAAGGACAAUGGAUUUGGUAUAAAGGUAGUAGUAGGAGCCAGUAUUCAAGAGAAGACGAAAAAAGAAACGCCGGAAGUUCACUGCUUUUGCUUGAAGACAAGAUGGAAGCUAUUGUGGCGACCGUUAGUGAUGUAAUGCUGUCUGCGUUGGUCCGCUCCCUCUUAGAAACGAUGUCUUCACCCGACUUUCUUAAAUUCUCACGGGAGGAGCAAGUUUGGGCCGAAAUCAAGAAAUGGAAGAACCUGCUGCUUAAAAUCAAUGCCUUGCUUCAGGAUGCUGAGGAAAAGCAAACCACGAGUGGUGCUGUGAAACUCUGGCUCAGGGAUCUACAACAUGUUGCUUUUGAUGCCGAAGAUGUUGUUGACGAACUUGCCACCGAGUCUUUACGACGCAAGCUAUUGGAGCAGGCUCAACCAUCUGCGAGCACCAGUAAGUUAUGGAAGGUAAUACUCCCAACUUGUUUCAGUGCUCUCAAUCUAAAUGGUAUUAAGUUUAAUGCCAAGAUGAAUUCCAAAAUACAAGAAAUUACUUCAAGAUUGCAUGACUUGGCUGUACUGAAGAAUAAUUUGAAUUUAGUGGAGUUUAGUGGAGGGAGGCGUGAAAAAGUGCUUCACAGACUGCCCACCAGUUCUCUCGUUGAUGAGCCUCAUGUCUAUGGUAGGGAAAGCGAUAAGGAUGCUAUUGUUGACAUGUUGAUGGAUAGUGGUGAAAUGGGUAGAGGUGAAGUUGGUGUGGUUUCAAUUGUAGGUAUGGCAGGAGUUGGUAAAACUACUCUUGCUCAGUUAGUUUACCAUGACGAGCGAAUUGAGACUUCAUUUGAAUUGAGAGCUUGGGCUUGUGUCACUGAGGAAUUUGAUAUUCUUAGGGUGACAAAGACAGUGCUUCAUGCUGUUGAUUCUGAUAUUGGCAAUUCGCAGGAUUUAAAUUUACUUCAAGUGCGGCUAAAGGAGAAGUUGAUUGGGAGAAAAUUUUUGAUCAUUUUAGAUGACCUCUGGAAUGAGAACUAUGGGGAUUGGGAUGUUCUAUGCAAACCCUUUGCAGCUGGGGCACCUGGAAGUAAAAUACUGGUGACAACACGGCAUAAAAGAGUUGCAGCAGUCACAGCUGUCACAGCUAACAAUGAGGCAUACCAUUUGAAGGAACUGUCAGAUGAUGCUUGUCUGUCAUUAUUCACCUGGCAUGCUCUUCGAGCUGGAAAUUUUGAUGGACACCCAAAUUUAAAAGUGGUCGGGGAGCAAAUAGUGAGGAAGUGCAAGGGGUUGCCACUUGCAGCAAAGACCUUGGGAGGACUCCUUCGCACUAAAGUAACUCAAGAAGAAUGGGAAGAUAUACUGAUGAGCAAGAUAUGGGAUUUACCAGAAGAAAGAAGUGGCAUUCUUCCAGCUCUGAGAUUGAGCUACCAUCAUCUUCCUUUCUAUUUGAAACAAUGUUUUGCUUAUUGCGCUAUAUUUCCAAAGGACUACGAAUUUGACAAGGAUGAGUUGGUUCUACUAUGGAUGGCAGAGGGUUUCUUACAACAGCUAAAAGGAAAGACACGGAUGGAGGACUUAGGUUCUCAAUAUUUUAAUGAGUUACUGUCACGAUCAAUUUUCCAACAGUCAACCAGCAACAAAGCACGAUAUGUGAUGCAUGACCUCAUAAAUGAUUUAGCUCAAUCUGUUUCUGAUGAAAUAUGCUCAAGUCUUGAUGAUAUGGAUAUGGUUGAGGGUGAUAAGUUAUGCACAGUUGCUGAAAAGGUUCGUCAUUUGUCAUUCACUCGUCGCCAGUAUGACAUUAGAAAAAGAUUUGAGGUCCUGUAUCAGAUGAAGAAUUUACGAACUUUAGCUGCAUUACCAAUUUAUACAUCACCUUGGUCAGCAUGUUGUUAUUUAGCUGGUGAUGUCUUACAAAAGAUGCUGCGAAGGUUAAGUUGCUUAAGAGUGCUAUGUUUAAGUUGUUAUUGCAUCAAUGAGCUACCAAACUCCAUCGGUCAUAUGAAGCAUUUACGCUAUCUUAAUUUGUCUCGCAGUAGAAUUAAACAAUUACCUGAAUCUGUGGGUUCUCUUCUCAACUUGCAAACAUUGAUACUGCAAGGAUGUAAGGAGCUUACUAAGCUGCCACAAGUUUUUAAAAAUUUAGUGAACCUUCGUGUUCUUGAUCUUACUGAUACUGAUAGUUUGCAGGAGAUGCCAUUUGGGAUUGGUAAUUUGAAAAAUCUUCAGAUUUUGUCCAAAUUCAUUGUGGGCAAGGGUAUUGGAUCUGCUGUUAGUGAAUUAAGAGGCUUGUUGCAUCUGCGAGGGGAGCUUUCAAUUUCUGGGUUGGAAAAUGUUGUGGAUAUUCAAGAUGCUAGCAAAGCUAAUCUAAAGGAUAAGUAUGGCUUGACUAGGUUGUAUUUGCAAUGGAGCCAGGAGUUCCUUAAUUGCCGGGAUGAGGAAGCUGAAAUGCAUGUUCUUGACAGGCUACUGCCUCAUAAAAAUCUUGAGAAGCUUAGAAUUCUGUUCUAUGGUGGUACAAUAUUCCCAUCUUGGUUAGGUGAGCCUUCAUUGACUGAUUUAGUAGACUUAGAACUCUGUAAUUGUAGAAAUAGCAUAUCACUUCCAUCACUUGGGAGACUACCCUCACUCAAAAUGUUGUCGAUUGCAGGCAUGGCUAGAGUCCAGAAGGUGGGUUUAGAGUUUUAUGGACAUAUUUCUCCUUCUGUUAAGCCUUUUCCAUCCUUGGAAAUUCUAAGGUUUAAAAGUAUGUUGGAAUGGAGAUGCUGGUCUUCUCCUAGUCAAGUUGCUGAACACUCAGGGGAAGAAUUUCCUUGUCUAAGGGAACUUGUGAUAGAGGAUUGUCCCAAGUUGUGUGGAAAGUUACCUGGCCGUGUGUUUUCCCUCAUGAAACUUGUAAUUAAGCAUUGCCCAAAUUUAGAAGGUUCAUCUAUGAGUUUCCCAUCUCUUUGUGAAUUAAAUAUGGAAGAUUGCAAAGAAGAGUUACUCAGAAGCAUUGUUGGCAUCACCUCUUUAACAACAGUCAGAGCCAAGAGUAUGCCAGAGCUUCAGUUUGUACAAAAUGAUAUUGCACAGUUUCCAGGAACACUUAAAUUUCUUGUCAUUUCCAACUGCAUUGGAUUGACAUCAUUAUGGCAGAAGGGUGCUAUUUCAUUGAAUAUUUCUUGCCUUGAAAGUCUGAAAAUUAAGGGCCGGUCACAAUUUGUGUCAUUGGCUGAAAAUGAUCAAGGCUUGUCGAGCAAUCUUGAAGACCUCAGACUGUUAGAUUCUUGUAACGUGUGGAACCCUCCUUGGAUGAUGCAUGGCCUCACAUCUCUCAAAGAUUUGCAAAUUGAGUCAUGUCCAAAUCUUGUGUUCUUUCCUGAGUUGGGUUUCCUACACACACUGAAACAUCUUAAGCUCAAAGAUUGUCGGGCUCUAAAGUCUCUGCCCAGUGGGAUGAUGAUGCUUAAUUGCAAGAUAAAUGGGUGUCCUCUUGAAGAAUUGGAGAUUGAAGAUUGUCAUUCUCUCACAUGCUUUCCAAGAGGCAGGUUACCUACCACACUUAAAUGUAUUAGAAUCCGGUAUUGUAGAGAUUUAAUGUCUCUACCUGAGGGAUUGAUGCUGAUUGAUAAUAGCGCAAGCAACAUAUCCCUUCUUGAGAUCUUGGAGAUUGUUGCUUGCCCUUCUCUAAUUUCAUUCCCAGAAGGCAGAUUGCCUACCAGCCUUAAAAAUCUUAAGAUUUGGAAUUGCUCCCAAUUGGAACCCAUUUCUGAUAGGAUGUUGCACAAAAACGCAUCACUUGAGUCCAUUGAUGUCUGGAAUUGUAAAACUCUGAUAAGCUUGCCCGAGAACCUGCACAGUGUGACGCAUCUGACAGAAUUAAAAUUUAGUUUAUGUCCUGCUCUGAGAUACUUCCCAGAAACGGGCAUGCAUCUUCCGAACCUGAGAACACUGGAAAUCUACAAUUGCGACAAUCUAAAGUCUCUACCGAAUCAUAUGCUAAGCCUCACUUCUCUUCGAUGUCUAUCAGUUUCUGAGUGUCCUGGUCUUCUGUCCAUUCCAAAAGGUGGCUUGCCCCCUAAUUUAUUGGUACUUGAUAUCUGGGAUUGUCAAAAUCUUAAGCAGCCCAUGUCAGAAUGGAACCUACACAGGCUAGCCUUUCUCAGGGAAUUGAGCAUUGCUGGUGGACCAGAUGCAAUUACCUUUCCAGAUGAAAAGUGCCUGCUUCCUACAUCUUUAGUGUGUAUGUUUAUUUCAAGACUUCAAAAUUUGCAAUCUCUGUCCAUGGGGCUCUAUAAUCUGACCUUGCUUGAAGAUCUAGAAAUUGUCGAGUGUCCUAAGCUUCAGCGCUUGCCAAAGGAAGGCUUACCUGAAACACUUGGAAGACUUUGCAUCAGGGAUUGUCAACUUCUAAAUCAACAUUGCUUGAAGGAGAAAGGGGCAUAUUGGCCUGUGAUAGCCCACAUCCCUCGUCUGGAAAUAGAAAACACAGAUGAUUAAUGGAUGGACUUUGGUCGGCUAGUUUGUGAUUUUCUCUGGUAGAAGUGCAACUAUGGAUGGAAGAGUAAGAAGCAGAUUAAAUCAAAAUCUCCCUGCAAUCAGUGUAGUCAACUGAUAUUUCUUGGAUAACCAUGUUGAUCAUGAAGUUGAUUGGAGUCAUUUGUCAUCUCCCAAGGUUUGAAGGUUCAUCUAUGGCUUUCCCAUCUCUUUCUGAAUUAAUCAUUGAAAAUUGCAACAAAGAGAUUUUAGGAAGCACUGUUGGCCUCUCCUUUCUUAUAACACCCAGAACCAGGAGUAUGCCAGAGCUUAUGCAUCUAGAGGGAGGGGAUUGUACAGAUUCCAAUACUUGUUUUUAACCCUAUAUAUAUACAACCUUCAGAAUUCAUUUGAGUAACAA